AUGGCACCGCCAGCUUACCCCCUGCUCUCUACGGAAGCUCGCCACGCCGUGCGACGCCCUUCGAUCCGCGGUGUCGAAGAGCGUCGCCUGGGUGAGUUUAUCGGAGGGCAGUACUCCAACUGGAACCUCUCCUCGGUCCUCUUUGAGGGCAAGACGGACCACAAGGAUGUCAUUCGUCUCGAGCGAUGGGACCCGCCAGCGGGCACCAAGCCCAGCUUCGACGAGGCCAAGAAGCAAGACUACAGAAAGGCAGAAAAGGGUCAGACUUUUGGCCCCAGCUGGUCCAACCACUGGCUGAAGCUGCACAUCAACUUGCCAAAGGAAUGGCGCGACAAGGAAUGGGUCGAGCUGGAAUUCGAUCCAAGCUGCGAGGCCAUGAUCUUCGACGAGCACGGCCUGUCGCUCCAGGGCAUCACCGGUGGCUUUGACAAGCGCCGUGUCGACUUUCCCUUGCCCAAGUCGAUGCGCAAGGGCGUGCUUCUGUACGCCGAAGUCACCUGCAAUGGCCUCUUUGGCGUCGAGAACCGCCAAGAGGGAGACCCCGACCCCGAUCGCUACUUUGAACUGAGGUCCGCGGACAUUGUCGUCAAGCGCCCCGAAGCCUGGCAUCUCCUCUGGGACUUUCAGCUUCUCCAAGGCUGCGUCAAUGAGAUGCCCAGGGAUGGUCCACUCCAGAACAAGGCCUUGUGGGUGGCCAACAGGAUCCAAGACACGUUUCGAAAGUCGGACCUGUCGACGAUCAAGGAAUGCCGCAAGCUGGCCGAAGAGAUCCUGGGAAAGGGAUGGGCUGACAAGGGAGCCAAGAUCUACGACGAGGGUAAUCGCCGCGACCGCGAUGACUUUGCGCUCUGGAGCAUCGGCCACACACACAUCGACAGCGCCUGGCUCUGGCCAUUUACUGCCACGCAGCAGAAGGUCGCCCGGUCCUGGUCCACUCAGCUGAGCCUGAUGGAAAAGUAUCCGGAAUUCAAAUUCACAGCCAGCACCGCCCAGCAGUACAAGUGGCUCGAGACGUUUUACCCCAAGCUCUUUGUCAAGGUGCAGGAGGCCGUCAAGAAGGGCACCUUUGUCCCCAUUGGCGCCACUUGGGUUGAGAAUGAUGCCAACCUGCCCAGCGGCGAGGCCUUUGUCCGGCAGUUUGUACACGGCCAGCGCUACUUUGAAUCGCGCUUCGGCAAGCGAUCCAACGUCUUUUGGCUGCCCGACACGUUCGGCUACAAUUCUCAGAUUCCCGCCAUUGCUCGUGGUGCAGGCACCGACUACUUCUUCACCCAGAAGCUCAGUUGGUCCAACAUGAACAGAUUCCCACACAACACCAUGAUGUGGACUGGCCUCGACGGCACGCAGAUCAUCACGCAUAUGACGCCGGUCGACAACUACGACAGCCAGAAUGGCGUCAACGACAUUCUUCGUGGCGUGAGGAACAACAAGAACCUCGGCGUCCAGCCCACGGCUCUCCAUCUCUUUGGCUGGGGAGAUGGUGGAGGCGGCCCCUCGGCUCCCAAUCUCGAAGCGCUGCGUCGGGCCAGGGCAGUGUACAACAAUGGAUACACGGAAAUGCCAAAGGUGCACUCGGGCAAGACCGCCGCCGAGUUCUUUGACAAUGUGCGCAAGAUUACCGACAAUGGCGAACGCCUCCCCACAUGGACUGGCGAGGUAUACCUCGAGUUCCACCGAGGUGUCUACACGAGCCACGGAAGCAUCAAGCGCUGGAACCGCAAGCUUGAGAUUGCUAUGUCGCAGCUCGAGUGGACCGCUACGCUGGCAAGCAUCGUGGAAGCCAAGUCCUACAGCUAUCCCAAGGAGGACAUUGACUCGCUCUGGGAGUCCAUUCUGCUCUGCCAGUUCCACGACGUCUUGCCUGGCUCCUCGAUUCGCCUCGUCUAUGACGACGCCGAGAAGAUCUAUGCGAGCGUUGCCAAGCGCGGCGCUUCCCUCCUCGAGAAGGCGCUGUCGGCGCUCGACAAGAAGCAAUCCAACCUCGCCAUUGUCAAUCCGCUCAACAUUCCCAGGCGCGAGCUCGUCUGGGUGCCUGAGCGACUCGAUGCCGGCAUCCAGAAGUCAUCGGACGGUGCAUCGACGCUGGUGCUCAUGGAGGAUGCAGAUGCUUGUGGUCUCGCCACGCUGAGCCCAGCGCCCACAUCGAUCAUGCGCAACCUCGAGGCUGUGUCGGUGACGGAGCACGCGAAUCAAUCCUUCACCAUGAGCAACGGUGGUGUCAUGUUCAAGGUUGACAAGGGUCGCAUCUCGAGCCUGCAGCUCCUCACCCAGGACAAGGUCUGGAAGGAGCUCCUUCCACACGGACGAACCGCCGGCCUGUCGAUCUGCGAAGACUAUCCUCCGCAGUUCGAUGCGUGGGAGACUGAGAUCUACUCCCUGCAGACAGAGGAAGAGAUUGCCUUUGAGACGGUCCGCAUUGCCCAGGCAGGACCCUGGCGAGCCGCUUUGGAGCUCCAGGCCAAUUUCGGCAAGAGCAGCGUCCGCGUCGAGAUAUCCCUCGACGCGCUUCCUGCCACUGCUACCAAUGCAAAGGCGCGCGACGCUCGUUCCUUCAUCAACCUUGAUGUCAAGAUCGACUGGGAGGAGAAGCACCGCUUCCUUCGCUUCGACGUACCUACAGUGCUCCGAGCCGACUUGGCCUCGUAUGAGACGCAGUUCGGCAUCACCAAACGUCCAACGUCUAGAAACACCUCCUGGGAAGCGGCCAAGUUCGAGGUGUGCGGCCACAAAUUCGCCGACUUGUCGGAACCCUCGAUGGGCUUGGCCCUUCUGACCGACUCCAAGUACGGCUACAGCGUCGAGGGCGGCCUCAUGCGUAUCUCGCUUCUAAAGGCUGGCACCUAUCCAGACGCUCAUCAGGACGAGGGCAAGCACCGCUUCCGCCUUGGCAUCUAUCCCCAUCUUUCGUCCCUCGAGCACUCUGACGUGGUCCAUGCAGGACGCAUCUUUAAUGCUCCCCUCACGGUGGCACUGCCGAAUGAUUACGUCUGCGACAUCUUUGGUUCGGGCAGCAGGCUCGUAGAGGGAGCUCCAAUCUGCACCUCAGCAGCUGCUCCCGCUGCCAUGCCAGUGCGUCUCGACAAUCCCGGCGGCUCAGUCAUCCUCGAUACCGUCAAGCGUGGCGAAGAGGACUUUGAGUACCAUGGCAAGAAGGCCAGCGGACGAAAGACGGUUGUGUGCAGGCUCUACGAGUCGCUCGGCAAUCACGCCAAAGCUGUACUCUCCUGCUCUUCGCUCAACAUCAAGCAGGCCAAACUGUGCAAUCUCCUCGAGGACGAAGUCGAUGACAAUGUCGACGUCAAGGGUGGCAAGAUCAUCCUUGACUUGCGUCCCUUCCAGAUUGUCACGGUCAAGCUGGUCCUGUAAACAACGCCUUGCUCUCCUUUUCUCUGCCCACUUCAAUUAACUUCACAGACAACGUCUCAAUGAUCAUCAAGUCACCUAUU